CAAAAGCUUGCUUUGGUGUUGCACCACCCUCAUCUGCACUACUGCUGCCUACAGGAGGUUUCAGACGUUUCAUUCCUCUGGUCUGAAGACUGAGCUGAGGACCACAGGUCUCUCGCAUCAAUGGAUUUGCGUAAAUGGCUUUGGAGUGUGUGCGCAGCGGUGCUUGUCUCGGUGCUCAUUGUCCAUUCUCGCGGUGAAACACUGUGGGAAGUGUGUCGCUUUGACGGCUGGUACAACAGUCUUGGUUAUCCACGACGCGGAGCGGUCGGUUCUCACCUCAUGCGUCUGGUGCCUGCAUAUUACUGGGACGGUGUCUACCAGCCUGUCCAGGAGCCACUGCUGCCGAACCCCCGCAGACUGAGCCGUCUGAUGACUAUGGGUCCGUCCGGUCAGCCCUCUUUACGCAACCAGACUGUACUCUCUCUCUUCUUUGGGUACCAUGUUGCCUUUGACAUUUCUGACUCAAGAACCCCUGGGUGUCCACCUGAGUUCAUGAACAUCCCAGUUCCACAUAAUGACACUGUGUUUGAUCCGACCGGCAAUGGAAAGGUGCUGCUGCCCUUUCAGCGAGGACCAUGGGACAAAGAGUCCGGACAGAGUCCCAGUAACCCUCGAACACAGAUCAACUUGGUGACAGCGUGGAUAGAUGGCAGCUCCAUCUAUGGCCCGUCCACGUCCUGGUCUGACUCUCUAAGAAGCUUCUCUGGGGGUCUCUUGACCUCAGGCUCUGAUUCAAAGAUGCCAAAAUGUGGAGGUGGGCGCAAUCUCAUGUGGAGCGCUGCUGACCCAUCGACAGGAGAACAUGGACCUCAUGACCUUUAUGAGUUGGGAAACGCCUGGGCCAAUGAGAACAUGUUCACGGCAGCAGAGGGGAUUAUCUGGUUUCGAUACCACAAUUAUGUCGCCUCCAAACUGCUUCAGGAACACCCAGAGUGGUCAGACGAAAAACUGUUUCAAAAUGCCAGGAAGACCGUUGUGGCCACAUUCCAGAAUAUUGCCGUCUAUGAAUGGCUGCCUGGAUAUCUUGGAGACAAAAAGCUUCCUGCAUACCCAGGUUACCAGAAGUUUGUUGAUCCGGGGAUUUCUCCAGAGUUUCAGGCUGCUGCCAUGAGGUUUGGCAUCACUAUGGCCCCACCUGGUGUUUACAUGAGAAACAGAACCUGCCACUUUCGUGACGUUGUCAACAUAAACGGCAGCUUGUCGCCAGCGCUGCGUCUUUGUAACAGCUUUUGGAAACGUCAGAGACCUAAUAUGAAAACAAGCCAAGAUGUAGACGAUCUCCUCAUGGGCAUGGCUUCCCAGAUUGCAGAGAGAGAAGACAAUGUUGUUGUGGAGGACCUGAGAGACUAUAUGUACGGACCCCUGAGGUUUACCCGGUCAGACCUGGUGGCCAUGACCAUUCAAAGAGGACGAGACUUUGGCCUUCAAAGUUACACUGUGGUCAGAAAAGCCCUGGAUCUGCCUCCUGUGAGAACAUUUGAGGAGAUCAAUUCUGAACUGAACCAAACCAACCCACAGUUGCUCCAUGACAUUGCAGAACAGUAUGGCAGAGACAUCUCCAAACUGGAGCUCUUUCCCGGAGGACUGCUGGAGUCCCUUGAUGGUCCAGGUCCAGUUUUCUCGGCCAUUAUCUUGGACCAGUUUGAACGAAUCAGAAAUGGAGAUCGCUUCUGGUUUGAGAACAGACAGAACGGUUUGUUUACAGAUGAGGAAAUCCAGGCGAUCCGCAACGUAACAUUUCAUGACGUCCUUGUUGCUGUUACUAGCGCUGAGGAAGCUGAUAUACAAGAUAAUGUGUUCUUCUGGAUGGACGGUGACCCUUGUCCUCAGCCCGCACAGUUGUCUGAGUCGAUGCUCCAUCCCUGCACUAAUGCUACCAAACUAGAUUAUUUUGAUGGGAGCGAAGCUGGCUUUGGCAUCACUAUCGCUGUUCUGUUCCUCUUCCCCGUUGUGAGUUUGCUCGUGGCCUGUAUGGUGGCAUAUCUUCGCAAGUACAGGUACAGGAAGUUUCAGAGGAGAAGACAAGCGGGCGCCAAAGCCGAGGAGCAGCCUUCAGGCAUCACUGCAUACGAGUGGCAUGGCCAUAAAAAACCUUUGAAUCCAGUCAGUGUGGAGUUUAAUGAGGGGGGGAGGCUGCAGGUUUUUGAUGGAUGUGGCUCUUCUCUACGCCACCUCACUCUGGGCAACCAGGAGUACCUGGAUGUCCAUCUUUCCAACGACCGUCACAGUAAAGCGCUACUGCUCAAAGUAGCUAAAGAGUACGACCUGGUGCUGUUCUUUGAUGACGAGAUUAAACGUGCAGCAUUUAUUAAGCAUCUGCAUGAGGUGGUGACAGACAUCAGACAGGACUUUAAAGUGAAGGAGAUGAGAGAGAAGGAGCUGCUGAAGAUGGCUUUGACCAAAGAGCAAAGGGCUCAGAUUGUUGAGACUUUCAUUCGACACGCUUUCUCCAAGGUCUUGGAGAUAGAGAAGUGUGACGCUGGUGACAUGAGUGGAAUUUCCCGUGAGAAAGCCAGAGAGGUUCUGCAGUGUGAGCUCACAGCGUCAGAGUUUGCUGAUGCACUGGGCCUCAAGCCUGGCUCUUUAUUUGUGGACUCCAUGUUCGCACUAGCUGAUGAAGAUAGGAACGGUUACCUCUCCUUCCAAGAGUUUCUUGAUGUGAUGGUUACCUUUAUGAAAGGGACUCCUGAGGAAAAAUCCAGACUGAUGUUCUCCAUGCAUGACAUUGGUGGAAAUGGCUUCUUGUCAAAAGAAGAUUUUGCCAAGAUGCUCAGGUCUUUAAUUGAAAUCUCCAACGGUACCCUGUCAAAGACGCAGGUAGAGGAUGGCAUCAAGGCCAUGAUGGAGGAGACAGGUGUUAAAAACAAGGAGAAAAUCUCAUGGGAGGACUUUCAUUACCUCCUGCGUGACCACGAGACGGAGCUUCAGUUUGCUCAACUCAACGUCAAAGGGAUGGAGAAACAGGGGAAGAAGCGGCUGAAUAGAGACCAGAGAGUGUCCUUCAUCUCUUCUGCAAACAGGCGAGAGAACAGGUCGAACAGGCUGAAUGUGAAGACAGAAGGACAGGAGCUACGCAGACGUCAAAAGUCAAGUGCCAACACUCCAAAUGUCUACGUGAAGCCCAAGCGUGAGCGGUACAUAAGGAACCCAGUCCAGCAGAAGAUCCAGCAUUUCAAGCGCUUCAUUGAGAAUUAUCGACGCCAUAUCGUCUGCUUCAUCGUCGUGUUUGGCAUCACAGCUGGUGUGGCAAUUGAAAGAUGUUACUACUACGGGUUGCAGGCUCAAUCAACAGGAGUCCCAGAGACGUCAAUGGUGGGCGUCAUCGUCUCCCGGGGCUCAGCCGCCGCCAUCUCCUUCCUCUUUCCCUACAUGCUCCUCACUGUGUGUCGUAACCUCAUUACACUGUGCAGAGAGACUUUCCUCAACCGCUACAUCCCCUUUGAUGCCGCCAUUGACUUCCAUCGUUGGAUGGCCAUGACUGCUCUUAUCCUGUCAGUUGUUCAUACUUUGGGCCAUGUGGUAAAUGUCUACAUCUUCUCCAUCAGUGACCUCAGCAUCUUGUCGUGUCUGUUCCCCAAAGUCUUUUCCAAUAACGGGUCUGAACUUCCUCUGAAGUGGUGGUGGUGGUUCUUCCUGACUGUUCCAGGAACGACGGGCGUCUUGCUUCUCCUAGCUUUUUCGUUCAUGUACGUCUUUGCCUCACACUAUUUCCGCCGCAUCAGUUUCCGUGGAUUCUGGAUCACACAUUACCUCUAUGUCGUCGUGUACAUUCUAACAGUUGUGCACGGCAGUUUUGCUCUCCUCCAAGAGCCACGGUUUCACAUUUAUCUCAUCCCUCCUGCGCUGCUUUUCUUGCUGGACAAACUAAUCAGCUUGAGUAGGAAAAAGUUGGAGAUUCCAGUGGUCAGAGCUGAGCUGUUGCCUUCAGGUGUGACACAUCUGGAGUUUAAGCGACCGCAGGGCUUUGCGUACCGGUCGGGCCAGUGGGUUCGCAUAGCAUGUCUGAUGUUAGGCACAGAUGAGUACCACCCGUUUACACUCACAUCAGCCCCUCACGAAGAAAACCUGAGCCUGCACAUUCGAGCUGUGGGGCCCUGGACGAGCCAGCUCAGAGAGCUCUACUCUGAAGAAAGCUUGCUUGAGACUGGAGCCUAUCCAAAGCUGUACUUGGAUGGGCCGUUCGGUGAAGGCCAUCAGGAGUGGAUUGACUUUGAGGUGUCUGUUCUGGUGGGAGGAGGAAUCGGAGUCACACCAUUUACUUCCAUCCUCAAAGACCUGGUAUUCAAGUCCUCCAUGAAGUCUAAGAUUCAGUGUAAAAAGGUGUACUUCAUCUGGGUGACGCGGACACAGCGUCAGUUCGAGUGGGUGUCAGACAUCAUCAGAGAGCUGGAGGAGAUUGACACCCAGGAGCUGGUCUCAGUUCACACUUACAUCACUCAGGUGGCUGAGAAGUUUGACCUGCGCACCACCAUGCUGUAUGUGUGUGAGCGCCACUUUCAGAAGGUGUGGAACCGCAGUCUCUUCACUGGCCUGCGAUCCGUCACCCACUUUGGACGUCCACCCUUCGUGUCCUUUUUCAGCUCACUGCAGGAAGUUCACCCUGAGGUGGGUAAAAUUGGUGUAUUCAGCUGUGGACCGCCUGGACUGACCAAAAAUGUGGAAAAAGCUUGUCAGCAGAUGAACAAGAGGGAUCAAGCCCAUUUCAUGCAUCACUACGAGAACUUCUGACGCGUCCUCCGUACUGCACUGCUGCAUGUGCUAACAGAGGGAACAGGUAGCCACUUUGAGAACAAGUCACUCAUUUAAUGACAUGACACUCUUCCACACACAAAAACAGGUCUUAUGUUAGUGAAUGCUAAAGUCAAAAAUGUCUUUAAAAUUCUGCUUAUUUUUAAUGCGAUUUCUUUUUAGUCAUGAAUAUCAUUGUUACAAUAACUUAUAUAAUCAUUUAAGGAUGGGUGUUUUCUUUCAUAUAAUACAAUAUCGCAUAAAUGUAGGAUUCAUUUUUUUCAAUUAGUGAUUUUUCUGUUGCAAAAUAUUCUGUUUCAAAAGAUUAGAUGUUUCUUUGUUAUGAAUUCCUUGUCUUUAGUGUAACAA